AUGCCCCGACUAGUCACUGCAUCACUUGAGUUACUUGACAUUGACAACAACUCUGGCAAAAUGGUCGACAGUCGAAAAGUAGGGGUGCUAGGCGGCGGCCAACUGGGCCGUAUGCUAAUCGAGGCUGCCAACCGAUUGAACGUUCAAGUCAAUGUCCUGGACGUCGGGGCAUCACCAGCAAAGCAGAUAUCAGCGCACGACGGCCAUAUCGAGGGAUCUUUCAAGGAUGCAGCGGCUGUAAAGAAACUCGCAGAAUCAUCCGACGUCGUCACUGUCGAGAUCGAACAUGUCGAUACCCAUAUGCUGGAAGAGGUAGCGGGGCAGGUCGUUGUUGAGCCCAGCUGGAAAACACUACGGACCAUCAAAGACAAAUACGCCCAGAAACAGUACCUGAAAGAGCACGGAGUGGAUGUCGCAGAUAGUAUCGAUCUCGAAGGAAAGGGCGUUGCGGGGUUGAAGGAAGUAGGUUCGUCAUAUGGCUAUCCGUUCAUGCUCAAGAGCAAGACAGAGGCGUAUGACGGUAAGGGCAACUUUGUGGUGAAGACAGAGGCGGACGUUGAUGCAGCGUUUGAGGCACUAGGAAAGAGGCCGCUAUAUGCAGAGCGCUGGGCGGACUUCAGGAUGGAGCUCGCAGUCAUGGUCGUCAAGACAAAGGACGGCGUGCUCACAUUCCCCACUGUCGAGACUGUCCACGAAGACAGCAUCUGCAAGCUCACAUACGCACCGCCAAGGAAUGUAGCAGAGGAGGCUGCACAACGAGCCCAGGAACUCGCAAAGAAAGCUAUCGGUGCUUUCGAAGGCAAGGGUGUCUUCGGUGUUGAGAUGUUCUUGCUCAAGGACGACAGCCUGCUCAUCAACGAGAUCGCGCCUCGUCCCCAUAACUCAGGACAUUACACGAUCGAAGCCUGCCCCAUCUCGCAAUACGACGCGCAUCUUCGAGCCAUCCUUGACCUACCCAUCUCGCAAUCUAGCCUCCGCCUCCGCGAGCCCUCCAUCAUGCUGAACAUCCUUGGCGGCAAGACUCCAGACUCCCACGUUCAGGUCGCUAAGAGGGCUCUCGAAUCACCAAACGCAUCCAUUCACCUCUACGGUAAAGGCGAUGCGCGUCCCGGCCGCAAGAUGGGCCACAUCACCAUCACAGCACCCACACUCGCAGCCGCCGAACGCGAGAUCCAGCCUCUCGUCGACUUCGUGGACGCACAAAAGGGCAAGACCGUCGAAUCACGCAGUUCAGAUAGCUCCAAAGAAGAGCCCCUCGUCGCCGUAAUCAUGGGCUCAGACUCCGAUCUCCCUGUCCUCCGCGCCGGCCUUGAGAUCCUGACCAAGCUGCAAAUCCCUUUCACCACGCGCAUCACCAGCGCCCACCGCACCCCCGACUGGCUCCGCGAGUUCUCCAAGACGGCCUCUCAGACAUCGCUGAAAGUCAUCAUUGGCGCUGCGGGUGGUGCAGCCCAUCUACCCGGUAUGUGUGCGUCGUGGACCACACUUCCCGUCAUCGGUCUGCCUGUCAAGGCGAGUGUGAUGGAUGGCUGGGACAGUCUUGUUAGCAUGACGCAGAUGCCGCGUGGCGAGCCUGUUGCUACUGUUGGUAUCAAUAACUCGACCAAUGCUGCGCUGCUUGCGGUGCGUAUCCUUGGUGCGGAGGAUAAGACGAUCCGGGAGAGGUUGAGGGUUUGGAUGGAGGGGAAUGAGAAGGAAGUCAUGCGCAAGGAUAAGGCACUUUUGGAGGAUGGGUGGGAGGCUUAUCUUAAGGGCAUGGGCAAAUAG